AUGCCUCCUCGCAUACUCGUCUACUCCGCUACAGCAGGAUUCAGACACGACAGCAUCGAGCCUUCCAUCGAGGCUCUGAAAGCCAAGGAAUCUGCCCUCGACGUAGAGUUUGAUUUUACGGAGGACAAGUCAAAGUUCACGGACGAGAAUUUGUCUCAGUAUGACGCCAUUUUGUUCUUGAACAACUCCGGCAUUAUCCUUGAUGAUACGGGGAAGGCUGCUCUACAGAACUAUUUCAAUCUCGGCGGCAACUUCAUUGCUAUUCACUGCGCCGCAGACGCCCUUCGCGAUUCUCCCUUUUUCGGGAGACAGAUCGGUGCCUAUUUUGACUACCACCCUGAUAUCCAGGAAUCAGCUGUAGAUGUCCUGGACAAGACGCACCCUAGUACCGUCAUGCUACCAGAUAAAUGGCGCUUGCUGGACGAAAUGUACAACUUUGAGUCGGACCCUCGUGCCGUUGGGGCAAAGAUCCUUCUAACAGCCGACGAGUCAAGCUACGAAGAUCCUCAGGCAAAAGGAAAGACUUUGCGCCAUGGAUCUCCCCACCCAAUUGCUUGGUAUCAGGAACGGGGUGCCGGUGCUGAAAGCCAUGACACUGCCGGUCGCAGCUGGUUCACUGGGCUUGGUCAUUGUAUCGAAAUAUGGAGCGAUGACCUCUUCUUGGGCCACGUCAUGGGCGGUAUCAAGUGGGUGCUGCAAUCGAAGACCACGAAAGCAUUUAACGGCAACGGCAAUGUCGGUAAUGCGUCCUGA